AUGGACGGGAAUGGUACUCGAGAUCUUAUUUCCUUCAUUCUUCAGAGCCCACACAGCAAGACAAUCUCAUCUCUCUCUGCUACAUUCUGUGCUUUAUGGCGUAUCGAUCGCUUCCCUGGAUCGGUCUCACCGACUCCGAAAUCAAAGAAAAGAAAGCAGCCAGUGAAGACUUCGUGCGACGUUGCCCCGUCUAUUCAAGUUUCUCCGUUUCUCUUUUUGUUUCCUCUCAGAACUGCUCUCCAUUCUCCUCAAUCCCGACGUCUCGCGCGCACCGCUGGACCGCGUGAAGGACGCCAUCGCGUACAUCGCAGAGAGCGUCACCACGCCGCAGAUCACGCUGGGCGUCGACAUGCUCAAAAUCAAAAAGAAAAGCACGCUUCCGCGGGGAUUCUCACCUCUAGAGCACAUCCAGCCCCAGCAGAAAGAGCCGCUCCCCGCGGUUCCGCAGCACACUUCAGCGGUGGCCGCAGCGGCCGCAGCGAAGGAAGCGAAGGAAGCGAAGGAAGCGACGCCGCGCGUGUUGAUGGUGGCGGGUCAGAAGUACGAAGUGAAGGUGGUGAACGGGAAGCGGUUGAUGGAACCGAUCGCCAGCCCGCUGCCGCUGCGAAGACCGCUGAAACGCGAACGAGAGAAAGAGAGAAACGUGGAAACGAGGACGGAAGCAAAGGAAUCGACGGAAGCAAAGGAGCCAUUCAAGGCAGAUGAAGCAGGCGAAUCGAUUGAGGCAUUCAAGCCGAUGGAUGAAUCGACGAGCGAGAAAGCGUUGAAUGAAUCGGAAGCGCAGAACGCGAGCUACCCGCCCAGCAAGCGAAUUCGAGCUCACACCAUCGAGACGCGAUCGAUACGAUCCCACGCGCGCACUCUCUUCGGAUCCGCUCUCUUCGCCUCCCUUUUCUUUGCCGGCGCCACUCUUCUCCUCGACCUCCC